CAAUAUGACAAAAGGUGAAACCCUAUAAAUGAAGACCCCCCCAGCCACGUUACCCAUAUGGGUCUAUAGAAUCGCGAUCCAUAUAGAACUCAACCACUCACUCAGCCUUAGCCCUUAGGUUUUCACAAUACCAUUUCUUUUGUGCCCCACACCCACAGGUUACAACCAUAGUUUCUCCUCCCCAAUUCUCUCUCUCCUCUCCAAUCUGUCUCUUUUCUCUUAUAUUUUUUGCCAUGGUACACACCCAGACCUAAAAGAGAAAAAAAAAGAAAGGGAAAAAAAAAAAAAACUGGCCCCGUAGCACAUCCAUUAGUAGGAAUAGAGGAAAAAUUCCCACAAAUUUCACCCGAACAACAAUGGGAAAAGGUGAUGCUCGUGCAAAAUCCACCUCUCCUGCCCAUCUUUAAAGGGUUUUAGUCAAUGACGAUCACUGCAACUUAAACGUCGGUUCCUGGAAUUCAGAUCCUUCAUAUGCACGAUCAUUUCGUUACAGGGGAAGGUGAGUUGGGUUUAAUCAAUAAAAUAUAGACAUUGUAUGGCAUCACGAAUUUUAGUGCAGUAUGGAAGUACUUCCUUGUUCUGGAGUUCAGUAUGUUGGAGAAUCUGAUUGUCCUCAACAGAGUCCAGGAACAACUUUUAUAUAUGAUGGAGAUUCAAACUGUGUUGAACAUGGACAACAAGUUCAAUUGGCAGAUGAUAAAAUGGAUAAAUUAUUGCUAAAUGCGGAAAGAUCUCAGAAAGAAAAAAAGGGUGAAGUCGAAGGGAGGGUUGAGGAGCUGCCUACUUCAGAGGGUCACUGUAGUGGAGCUUUGUAUUUUGAUUGUGAGGUGGAGGACCAAAAGCAACCUUGUAAUUCUCUAUAUUUUGAAGAUGGCAACUUAAAUGUGCAGAAUGGUUGCACAGAACCUUGCUUAGCCUCUGAUAGCUCUCAUCUCAUUGUGGAUACCAUUGAGAGUGAACUGCCAAGCAACACUGGGGAGGGGGAGUUGUCUGUUUCAGAGCCCAAGUGGCUAGAACAAGAUGAGACCGUGGCAUUAUGGGUCAAGUGGCGAGGGAAAUGGCAAGCAGGAAUCAGAUGCUCAAGGGCUGAUUGGCCAUUAUCAACUUUGAAAGCGAAGCCAACUCAUGACAGGAAGAAGUAUGUUGUCAUAUUUUUUCCUCACACAAGAAUUUAUUCUUGGGCAGAUAUUCUUCUUGUGUGCCCAAUUAAUAAGUUUCCACAGCCCAUUGCACACAAGACACAUAAUGUUGGAUUGGAAAUGGUUAAAGAUUUGACUAUUGCACGCCGUUUUAUCAUGCAAAAGUUAGCUGUUGGCAUGCUACAUAUCAGCGAUCAAUUACAUAUUGAGGCCCUGACAGAGAAUGUUCGUAAUGUGAUGUCCUGGAAGGAAUUUGCAAUGGAAGCUUCCCGCUGUAAAGGGUAUUCUGAUCUUGGAAGAAUGCUUCCAAGGCUUCAGAGUAUGAUAUUGAUGAACUACAUAAGUCCUGACUGGGUACAACAUUCUUUUCGAUCUUGGGUAGAACGGUGUCAUAGUGCAGAUAGUGCUGAAUCUGUUGAAAUACUGAAGGAGGAAUUGUUUGGUUCCAUUCUGUGGAAUGAAGUCAGCUCACUCUGGGAUGCACCAGUGCAACCUGAGUUGGGUUCUGAGUGGAAGACCUGGAAGCAUGAAGUUAUGAAAUGGUUUUCAACAUCUCAUCCCAUCUCUAGCAGUGGAGACAUAAAACAACAGAGCGGUGAUAACCCCUUGACCUCAAGCCUCCAAAUUAACAGGAAGAGGCCCAAGCUUGAAGUUCGUCGUGCAGAGACCCAUGCUUCAGUGGUUGAGACAGGGGGUUUACAUCAGGCUGUAACUGUCGACAUUGAUUCCGGAUUUUUUGAUAGUCGAGAUAUAGUGCAUGAUGCUCCAUCAGCAUCUGAACCUUAUAAGGAGGAAGUUUUUGGGGAGGGAGCUGUAACAACAAAUUCUCCAGGUAGUGCCACUGAUAGAUGGAAUGAAAUUGUAGUUGAAUCUGGAAAUCCAGAACUUUUCCAAACCAAAGAUGUGGAAAUGACACCUGUGAGUGAGGUGGUUGCUAAGAAAUCCUUGGAUCCUGGGAACAAAAAUCGCCAAUGUAUAGCUUUUAUUGAAGCAAAAGGUAGACAAUGUGUGAGGUGGGCAAAUGAUGGUGAUGUGUAUUGUUGUGUGCAUUUGGCCUCUCGUUUUGUGGGGAACUCUGCAAAAGCAGAUGUAGCUCCCCCUGUUGAUAUGCCAAUGUGUGAAGGUACCACAACUCUUGGCACUCGAUGCAAGCAUCGGUCUCUCUAUGGCUCCUCAUUCUGUAAGAAACACAGACCCCAGAGUGACACAAAAAGGACCUUGACUUCACCAGAGAAUAAACUUAAGAGAAAACAUGAGGAGAAUAUAUCAAUUUCAGAAACCACACUAUGUAAAGAUAUAAUAUUGGUGGGUGAAGUUGAAAACCCUCUCCAAGUGGAUCCGAUAUCAGUUGUGAAGGGAGACAACUUUGAGAGAAAACAUAACUUGAUUGAGAAUCCUGAGUAUUCUAGUAAAGGGUAUAUGAACGCAGAGGUACUGCACUGCAUUGGCUCACGCCCUGAAGAUGGUGGUGAUCCUUGCUUGGAAAGUCCAAAGCGACAUUCAUUGUACUGUGAAAAACACCUUCCGAGCUGGCUUAAACGUGCUAGGAAUGGUAAAAGCAGAAUAAUUUCAAAAGAAGUGUUUAUAGAUCUUUUAAGAAAUUGCUGUUCACAGGAGCAAAAAUUGCAUUUGCAUCAAGCAUGUGAGCUUUUCUACAGACUCUUCAAAAGUAUUCUGUCCUUGAGAAACCCAGUUCCUAGGGAAGUCCAACUUCAAUGGGCACUGUCUGAAGCUUCUAAAGAAUCUGGUGUUGGGGAAUUCUUGACAAAGUUGGUUUGCAGUGAAAAAGAUAAGCUCAUGAGACUCUGGGGCUUUAAUGCUGAUACUGAUGUACAAGUUUCCUCCUCUGUAAUGGAAGAAGCAGUUCCUGUUCCGGUAGCCAUUGUGAGUGGCUGUGAUACUGAAAAGACCAUUAAGUGCAAAAUUUGCUCAGAGGAGUUUCCUGAUGACCAAGCAAUAGGCAAACACUGGAUGGACAAUCAUAAAAAGGAAUCUCAAUGGUUGUUCAGAGGUUAUGCUUGUGCCAUCUGCCUGGAUUCUUUUACAAACAGGAAAGUUCUGGAAAGUCAUGUGCAGGACAGACACCAUGUUCAGUUUGUUGAACAAUGCAUGCUUUUCCAGUGUAUUCCUUGUGGCAGCCAUUUUGGGAAUACGGAAGCAUUGUGGUUGCAUGUGGUCUCAGUUCAUCCUGUUGAUUUUAGGCUGUCAACAGUUACUCAACAGCAUAAUGUGUCUGCAGGUGAAGAUUCUCCACAGAAACUUGAGCUGGGUGCUUCAGCUUCUAUGGAGAAUCACACUGAGGGUCAAGGUGGUUUCCGGAAGUUCAUUUGUAGGUUUUGUGGGUUGAAGUUUGAUCUGCUUCCUGAUCUUGGCCGCCACCAUCAAGCUGCUCAUAUGGGGCCAAAUCUAGUUAGCUCUCGCCCUGGAAAGAAGGGGGUUCGUUAUUAUGCUUAUAGAUUAAAAUCAGGGAGGCUUAGCCGUCCUAGAUUUAAGAAAGGCCUAGGAGCAGCAUCAUUUAAGAUCAGAAACAGGAGCACUGCUAAUAUGAAGAAACGCAUCCAGGCAUCUACUUCAACCAGUUCUGGGGGACUAAGAGCACCUUCUCAUGUAACUGAGCCAGUGAGCCUUGGUAGAUUGGUGGAAUCUCAAUGCUCUGAUGUUGCAAAGAUAUUAUUCUCUGAGAUUCAGAAAACAAGAUCCCGACCCAGUAACCUUGAUAUUUUGUCCAUUGCUCGCUCAACUUGCUGUAAGGUAAACCUCCAAGCAUUACUGGAGGGGAAGUAUGGAGUUUUGCCAGAACGGUUGUAUCUGAAGGCGGCCAAACUCUGUAGUGAACAUAAUAUUCAAGUGAGCUGGCAUCAAGAUGGGUUUGUUUGCCCUAAUGGAUGCAAACCUGUGUCAAACGCACAUUUACCGUCUCUGCUGAUGCCACACUCAAAUGGUUCUAUUGGGCAUGGCUCUGCAUCAUUAGAUCCUGUGAGUGAGGAGUGGGAAAUGGAUGAGUGCCAUUAUGUCAUUGAUUCACGUCAUUUUGGAAACACACUCCUGCAAAAAGAUGUCGUUGUGUGUGAUGAUAUAAGCUUUGGUCAGGAAUCAGUUCCAAUUGCCUGUGUAGUGGAUGAGGAUCUUCUGGACUCCCUUCACAUCCUUGCAGAUGGUUCUGAUGGCCAAAUCACCAGAUACUCCAUGCCUUGGGAGAGCUUUACCUAUGUCACAAAGCCAUUGCUUGACCAGUCCCUUGGUCUUGAUGCAGAGAGUUGGCAAUUGGGUUGUGCUUGUCUACACUCAACUUGCUCUCCUGAAAGAUGUGAUCACGUAUACCUCUUUGAUAAUGACUAUUCAGAUGCAAAGGAUAUAUAUGGGAAACCCAUGAGUGGCAGAUUCCCAUAUGAUGAAAAAGGACGGAUUAUCUUGGAGGAGGGUUACCUUGUCUAUGAGUGCAAUGGCAAGUGCAGCUGCAACAGAACAUGUCAGAAUAGGGUUUUGCAGAAUGGAGUGCGAGUAAAGUUGGAAGUCUUUAGAACAGAGGAAAAGGGUUGGGCAGUCAGGGCAGGUGAAGCAAUCCUUCGGGGUACGUUCAUAUGUGAGUACAUUGGAGAGGUUUUAAGUGAGCAAGAAGCAGACAAGAGGGGCAACAAUAGGCAUGGUGAAGAAGGUUGCAGCUAUUUUUAUGACAUCGACUCUCAUAUCAAUGAUAUGAGCAGAUUGGUAGAAGGACAGGUUCCUUAUGUAAUUGAUGCUACAAGAUAUGGAAAUGUUUCACGGUUCAUCAAUCACAGCUGCUCACCAAACCUCAUUAAUCACCAAGUUCUUGUGGAAAGCAUGGAUUGUCAGCUUGCACAUAUUGGUCUCUUUGCAAAUCGAGAUAUAUCUUUGGGUGAAGAACUGACGUAUGAUUAUCGAUAUAAACCACUGCCUGGAGAAGGAUACCCAUGUCAUUGUGGAGCUUCCAAGUGCCGUGGUCGUCUUCACUAGAUCUUUAAUCAAUGUUUUGCCCUUGUCCAGCGUACAGCAUUUGGUUAUAGAAUUAAAUGAUUAGAGGAUGGGAGAUUUGUGAGACGAUAAAACUCCUUUCAGCUAGUAAGAAGUGUCAAUUUUUGGUAGAGAGAAUGGCGGAUAACGUCCCUAGCACCUUAGUAAGCUGUACAACUCACACCAAGGCAAUGAGCACAUUGGAUGAAUCUGACAAUGGCACCCAGGCUCUUUAAACUCCAGAUCAUCUUUCUGUAAUUAGGCGUAUGGCUUUCCCCUUAAGUAGAUUGUAUCUAUGCCUUUUUCCUUUAUACACGUGUCUCCAAAGAAAGGGUGGAAGCUCAUCUUAUCUGGAAAAUUGAUUUUUUAUUUAUUUAACUUAAAGGUUAUCUGGAUUAGCAAGUUGUAGAUGAUUUUGCACCACUUUAAGUAGGUAGUCUUCUGAUAACAAAUGUGCAUUGUUUAAAAUUAGCUUAUUUAUGCUGAAAAUUCCAAUACGUUUACCCAUUUUUUUACAA